CAAGCUACUUUUUUCGUGUCAGUGUUGGAAAGUGGCUCAUGCUAGUGCUGUCAGUUGGGACUUUUGCUUCUUCUUUCCGACAAAACAUCUGAUUUUUGUUGUUCGGAAUCGAAAUUUCUCAGUUAUUUGGAAAUCGGAAAUAAUUCUGUUCACCGCUCCGCAAAAGCACCGCAACACACCGCAACGCAACGCACCGCCAAGGAUGAAGCGUCACAAUGCCAAGGCCAUAGCUGCAGCAGCGGCCGCCGCCAAUGUGGGAAGGAAGACGCCGAGCCUGCUGUCGGUGCCCCCCCAAAUGAUUCCGAAGGGUCCUAUUCUCUACGUGGAUGUGGUGAAGAACAUGGCCAAGGAGAAGCCUGCAAAAGCGGUGCCACCACCCCCAGUGGCGCCACUCGAGUUCAGCAUAUUCCGAGAGGAUUUCCCGGCCCUACCGGGCGGGACCAGGUCCCCUUCGGUGGCCUCGGUGCCCGACGACUGGACGAGCAUGAUCAGUGACGACGACGACGACGACGACGUCGACGAGGACGACGACGACGACGACGACGACGACGACGACGACGACGACGACGUCGACGUCGACGACGACGAGGUCAUUUCUUCGUCCCCCCCAGCCACCACCGAGGACGAUUUGGUGGCCGAUGAGCCGAUUUCCCAGUACAGCCUCUCUGCACCAGAGGAAUCGUCCUUGUACAGCUAUCCCGAUGAUGAGAAUGUGUACGACUACGACGAGCCGUCAACCCAGUCUGGCUUCACGGAGAACGACUCCACCUCCAUUUCCUCGUUCGAUGUCAACGGCCAGAAUGCCGAGUAUAUCCCCGAGGCCGCCUGCUGUCGUCAGGAACACACAGCCGCGGAACUGCUCUGCGAAGUCAGCCUCAUAUUCUCAAAGCAGUUCAUCCAAGAGGGUGUGCGACAGCGCUCAAUGAGGGCCUCCUCUAGGAAGCCCGUUCCAGUUCCCAGUCCCCCAAACGUCCCACGUUCAAACACGCACCGCCCUGGAUCCGACGGAGCCAGCAUCGGUGCCUCCGUCAUGACACAUUUCACGGGAAUGCCCGUGAGCUGCGUACUCUUUGGAUGCGAGCCUACCAGGCAAAAUCCUAAUCCUAAUCCUAAUCCUAAUCCUGGACCCGUUGAUGAAGGAGAAUUCGGCCUGCUAGGACUGGCGCACAGGCUGGGAGUAGACCAGGAGACUCCCGAUCUUAUGCAGAUAGUCCAUGCGGAAAACAAUCUUAUCAGCACGCAGAUGGCCGCCAGCUCCCGAAACCUUCUUCCAUACUUUGCCGGACCAUUCCAGGGCCUUCGCUGGGGCCCCCUUGACUACAACAACAAUGUGUCCAUCGACCAGGGCAUGGCCAACCGACUGGGCAUGCCGCAGCCCAAAAUGCACCAGAUGGAGGCCGAGCUGCUGUUCUACUUCUUCUACAACUGCCCCGGCGACAUGAUGCAGAUGCUGGCCGCCGCCGAGCUGGCCGACCGCAACUGGCGCUUCCACAUAAAGGAGUGCCUCUGGAUCCGGCGACAGGCCGACAAUCCCAACUACGCCUACGUCGGCUUCCAGGAGUCCGGCGAGUACAACUACUUCAACCAGUUCCACUGGAAGAUCCUGCCGCGCUACUUCAACCUGGACCCCGAUCUGAUGGAGCGGACGAUCACCAAGGAAGAGCUGUGCGCAAUGUACGGCUACCAUCCACAAAUGUAGAGCAGCCAGCCAAAUAGCUUCCCAAAGCCGACACUUACUUACACUUACACUCCGCCCACCCCACACAAGCCAUCUACAGACUUCUGAAACACAGGGUAGCAGGGUAGCACACUCAGACCAUCACCCAGCAGGCAGGCAGAUGCCGAACGACGUGGCAUGCAGCACUUCAGUGGAAGGCCCCAGCAUGGAACUGUCCCAAACACUUUGUUUUUAAUGUUUUAAUAGUCUUUGAAUCGAACUGAAAUAUAUGUAAUGUAUCUGCGAUAUUUGCCUGCCAAAAUGCAGGCUUAAAUAAA